GCAUUUGGUCAAUUUGAAACGAUACAGAGAAGAUUAGCAUGGCCCCUGCACUAAGGAUGACACGCUCAAUCAAGGAGAAGCUUAAAAGUUUUUUUUAUUUCCCUUAACUUCUAAAACAUACUGGUCGAGUGUUCGAAGCUGACUAUGGCGCCGUGCACUUUUUGAAUUUUGCAUUUUUAUUUUUUUGUUGGUGAUGAACAUCGGUUACGCGGGCUAGCGGUGAUGAAGGCGGCCUGAUCCGCGAGCGUAACCCCGGCAGAAAAAGUUCCAGUUCCGUCUCGGAGCUCUUUUGCGCCAAACCACCUCCCACCCCGCGCCAACCGCUCACCUCACUAUGGCUGAAACGACACAGCAGCCGCCGCUGCGCUUCACGGGCCACAGGUCUCUCGUGCACCGCCUCGUCAUCGCCACCCUGACCGGCCGUCCCAUCCGCAUAUCGCAAAUCCGCUCCAACCACACGAACCCGGGCCUGUUGCCGCACGAAGUGUCGUUCAUACGCCUGCUCGACUCGAUAACAAACGGCUCCGUGAUCGAAUUCUCAUACACGGGUACCACGCUGGUCUACAAGCCGGGCCUGAUCACCGGCAGCGCGGCAGGCUAUGGAUCGAGCGGCGGGGUCGUCAAGCACGAAGUGCCGCGCGAGUGCACGCGCGGAAUCAGCUACUUCCUCAUCCCGCUGUGCCAGCUCGCGCCCUUCUCGAAAGCGCCCGUCAACGUCAUCUUCUCGGGCCCGGGUGUCAUGACCAGCGCGACGCCCAGCGGCGACGUCUCCGUCGACACGGUGCGCACGGCCAUCCUGCCGCUGUACCAGCAAUUCGGGAUCUCGAACAACCUGGAGCUGCGGGUGCUGCGGCGGUCGAACCCGGGGCCGGGCGGGCGCGGCGGUGGCGGCGAGGUCCAGCUCGUCUUCGGGCACCAGGUGCGCCUGCCCAAGACCAUCCACGUCCUCAACCCGGGCCGCGUCAAGAAGAUCCGCGGCGUCGCGUACGCGACGGGCGUGGCGGCCGCCAACAACGCCCGCAUGAUCGACACCGCCCGUGGCGUCCUGAACCCCUUCGUCGCCGACACGUACGUCUUCUCCGACGUCGCGAGCGCGCCCCUCGUCCCUUGGCCGACCAAGGACAACCCCAACGGCAAGCGCAAGAUCGGCGUCGGGUUCGGGCUGAGCCUGGUCGCCGAGAGCUCCACCGGCGCGCUGUACAGCGCCGACGUGGCGAGCCCGCCGCAGGGAGGCGAGCCGCCCGAGGACCUCGGCCGCCGCUGCGCGUAUCAAUUGCUGGAGGCGGUGGCGGCGGGGGGGUGCGCGAGCGCGGUGGCGGCGCCGUCGAUGCUCACGCUCAUGGCUAUGGGCUCCGAGGACGUCGGCCGCUUGCAGCUCGGCAGGGACGUGGUCGGCAGCGAGGAGAUUGUAGGGCUGGCGCGGGAUCUGAGGGCGUUUGGAGCGAGCGGCUGGGGGCUGCGCGAUGCAGGGAACGAGGAGGGCGAGAUUGUCGUCAGUAUUGUGGGUAGGGGCGUGGGUAAUGUGGGGAGGAAGAUUGCUUGAUGCGCUUUGGGCGAGGCGGGCGGCGAGGCGGGCAGCGAGAUGGGCGGCAAGAAGGGCGUAUAUGGGCGUCAUUGGCGCAUCUGGAAUUAUGUUUGGUGCUAGAGAUCUUGAACCGCGUUCGUAAGAGCAUCUACGGCUACUUUAUACAGGCGAUAUAAUCUAGCCGCUCGAGACACUGCCGGGUCUGAACACUUUCC